UAGCUGCCCAAGAUUGAGAGGAGGAGCCAAAUGCCCUAAUCAGGUUUGGCCCCGAGUGUCCAAACUUUAUAAAGGCGAGGCUGCUGUUAGAUUCAUUUAUGUAGAGAGAGAGAGAGAGAGAGAGAGAGGUAGAGGAGAGAGAAGAAGAAAUGUUGAUGGGAUCCAAAGAAGGAUCCUCAUGGAGCACUACUACUACUGACUUUGAGAUGAGCCAAGAUUUUAGCCGUCCUCCGGUCUUCUUCUCGAAUUGGUCUGCCGAUGAAGAUGGUGGACUUAGUAAGGAUGUUUCGGGUUUAAUGGCGCGGUCUAUUAAUGGUGAGAAGAGAGAAGGAAUGGCCAUCAAUGGAGGUAAUAAGGCCAUCAAUGGAGGAGAAUUCGACCCAAGUGCGCCGCCUCCAUUCAAGAUUGCUGAUGUUCGAGCUGCUAUUCCCAAGCAUUGUUGGGUCAAGAACCCAUGGCGGUCUCUGAGCUAUGUUGUGAGGGAUGCUAUUGUAGUUUUUGGUCUGAUGGCAAUGACAAUUUACUUGGACAGUUGGGUUUUUUGGCCUCUGUAUUGGGCUGCUCAGGGGACUAUGUUUUGGGCAUUGUUUGUUCUUGGUCAUGAUUGUGGCCAUGGAAGCUUUUCUGACAAUCCCAAGCUGAACAAUGUUGUGGGACAUGUCUUGCAUUCUUCAAUUCUUGUACCUUACCAUGGAUGGAGAAUCAGCCAUAGAACUCACCAUCAGAACCAUGGACACGUUGAAAAUGAUGAAUCUUGGGUGCCGAUACCUGAGAAAGUAUUCAAAAAUUUGGAUGAUGCUACCAAAACCUUGAGAUUCACAAUUCCAUUUCCCAUGUUUGCAUACCCUUUGUACCUGUGGUCAAGGGGUCCGGGGAAGGAUGGUUCUCACUUCAACCCUUACAGCAACUUGUUCCAACCCAGUGAGAGGAAAUAUGUGAUUACUUCAACUGUAUGUUGGACUCUAAUGCUUGUUCUACUUGUCUACCUAUCCACCAUAAUAGGGGUAGUUCAAUUGAUGAAGCUCUAUGGCAUUCCCUACGUGAUUUUUGUAAUGUGGCUGGAUUUUGUUACCUACCUGCAUCACCACGGCCACGAGCAGAAACUUCCUUGGUACCGUGGCAAGGAAUGGAGUUAUCUUAGGGGAGGGCUUACAACAGUUGACCGUGAUUACGGAAUGUUCAAUAACGUACACCAUGACAUUGGAACCCAUGUUAUACAUCAUCUAUUCCCUCAGAUCCCACACUAUCACUUAAUAGAAGCGACAAAAGCAGCUAGGCCAGUGCUUGGAAACUACUACCGAGAGCCCAAAAAAUCCGGGCUUAUUCCAUUUCACUUGAUCAGUAAUCUAGUAAGAAGCAUCAAGCAAGAUCACUACGUCAGCGAUACUGGAGAAAUUGUGUAUUAUCAGACCGAUCCUCAAUUGUAUGGUUCUAAACAGAGCAAGAGAGAGUGAUUUUUGAAGUUUUGAUCAAUUAGCAGGGGAAGUAGUCCAGCAAUAGUGACACCAAUCUUGCCUAACUACGAAAAUUAGUAAAGAUUAUGUUGCUCUCAGUAUGUAGGUUGUUUCUAUGCCUGCAAAAUAAUGUCCUCUCUUCACUCCGGGAUAAAGAACUGUUGUAGUUUGUAGUCAUGUUGUUAUGAUAUCUUAAGCUUUAUGUGUCUGCUGAGGACAGAGAGAUUAUCCUUAAGCAAAGCUAUGUCUAUUUUUUUCAAUUGAAGUCUUUAUAGAAUAAAAAUUUUGCCCAAA